GUUGGCUUUCAAGUUUGGCGCCUUCCAAUGGACUCUGAGUCCUAUAGCUGGCGACGCUGCCCGGCAUGUCGAGCUACGGUCCUCUCCACGCCUGAACCCUGGACCCCAUUGCAGCCUGGUUCUCCCAAGUCUGGCGAGGCCUGUGUAAGAAACCCGCAUCAUGUCUGCGAAGCCCGGACGGUUGCAGAAAGGUGCAACCCAACCAGGUUUCUCCCCAAACCGCGCCACCAAGGCGUCCGCUGCGCGCGCAGCAUUCAUCGCGUCGGAGCUGAAGGAGAAGGCUCCGGCAGUCCUUGAGCUGCCGGAGGAGGUCCUCUGCAGAAUUCUGUCGCACUUGCCGGCGGUGCAUGACGUGCUCAAUUGCGGUCAGGUCUGCAAGGAUUGGCUCAGGGCGCUGCGCUCGGAUGUGCUAUGGCGAGGCCAGUACGCCAGGACCUGGGGGGCCGAGGAAGCCGCACGCGUUGCCAGCUCCAUUCUCACUGCGGCAGAGACACGCAGAACAGUGGAGAAGCUCUUUCAGAGUGCAGAUCCGCCACAGACUAAACCUCCCAACGACCUAAACGCAGUAUCAGAGGCGGGCAAGAAGGGGGGCACUCCGGGAGUAGAGACUCCUGAAGUAUCUGACACUGGUUCAAAGUUUCCUGUAAAAUUGGAGGAUGCCACCGCGGUAUCAGCGUCACGUGUGGCAAGGGGUGUUGGCAGGCUGACGCUUUCUUCUGGGAGCAAGAGGAGAAGUAAGGAGAAGCAGACUGCUCAGGAGGAGAAGCCGGCGCAUGGUGGCUGUGUUUGGCGGGAUGCGUUUGCUGCGCGGUUCAAGGCCGAGAAAAAGACAUUCCUUGCUUCAGAGAUCAAGCUUGCGGAGAACCUUAGACUCUUAACACGGAGAUGGGGCUCCCACAACCGAGGGGGCCGGGCUCUGGACCCCUGCCCAGGGAUGGCUCGGCUGGUGGAAAGACUCCAGCUGCGCUUUGAGCUGCGGAUAAACAACGGGAGGGUGAUCUCCCUGGCAGCCGCAGGGCGACACUCCUACCAAUCGUUCCCCACGUCGCUAUCGCUGAAGUGCCCCCCGUCGGCGUUGGGGCGGGGCUUGACAGUCCAGAAGCUCCUAAAAGUGGAGGUGACAGCUGUCAGCGAGCGACUUUACUCCACGGUCCGACUGCUCCAGCUCGACUCCAGCUCCGUCAGAAGAAGCACGCUCGUCGCCGAAAGCCCCACCCUGAGCCUGUACGAAGCCUCCCUAUACCCAGCCUCCGCCACCGAAGGCGGCUCUCUCGUUGUUGGAACCUUCGGUCCCGGCGACAAUUCCCAAAAUUCGUUUACCACCCCCCGAAAACGUUCCCUCUCCGCUCAACAAGGCCUUCUAGACUCCGAGGACGGGCCCACCGAUCGAAGCGGGGCACACUCUAGGGAAGGGGGCGCGGAUUCGACGUCGAAAGAGGGCACGGAAUCCGGGUCGGGGCGCCCGCCCGCGGGCGACGAGGAAGUCGUUUUGCUAGUGUUAAACAUUCCUUAUGUGGACGUACUGUGGAGAGUAAUGACACUCGGGCCGGGCUACGGGCCCCGGGAGCACCAUCGAGCCUCGGCGCACGACACGGAUCUGCAGUACGGGCUGCACGACUAUCAUGCGAGCGCGCAGAUCCGCUCCUUCGGGAAGCUUCUGUGGUGCCAGGACUUUUACCGCUGCUUCCACAGCAGGCGAGAGUCCGUUCCGGGCGAGAAAGCGGUCUUUGUCUUCCUUCCAAACGAGGGCGGAAUGCCCGCGCUCUUCCAAGGCGUCCCCAAGCUGGCGUGGCGCACCGAGGCCUUCUCGGGUGAGCUCCCCGGGGCCCUGGUGCUCGACUUUGUGCUAUGGGACCAGAACAACGAGGUGGCCUGGCACUGCUCCAAGGUCGUCGCGACAGGGCCUCAGCCCACGCCUGCGUCGCCCGAGUUCGGGCUGCCGUACCUAGAAGGGGAGUGCUCUCACGCCGUCAUCGAAGACGCUGCACGAGGGGUCAGCCUGUCGUUGGAUCUGCGGGUCGCAUCGAAGGAUCCCAAGAAGAGGGCGGGCGAGGACAUUCUUCCGCAAAGUGCAGUAACAGGGCUGCGGCUCAGUCUUGCCAGACACUUCUUGUCGGAGUGGUUUGGGGUCGCGAGGAUCUGAUCUACAAGCAGCUGCCAGGGAGGGCCACCUUUCUCUUUUUCGACUUCGUGGUUUUAUGAGCAAUUGCGGCAUGAAUGCUUGCGCCUGUAUCGUUCAUCUACAUAUCUGUCGGAGUUUCAGCGAUCUGCUCGUGUGAAAGUAUGUUGAAGUAGUUGGC